AUGUCGGACGCAAGAGAAAGACCAGUGACCACUGAGUCGCAACGGAAUCCUCAUGCAUCGGCCAGCCGUUGGCGACACCAGGAGUCAUCUGCUUAUGCUGCGCAUGCUUCGCAACUCACUGGCGAAGGUCCACCCCGAGAUCCUCACCAAGAAAAUACCGACACGGGCGGCCUCGUGAACUUCCUCAACCAGUCGCGCAUCGAACCGGAAGAUGAAAACCGUGAAACAGAAAAAUACAGGCCCAUCACUGCCGCCGCGGGCGAUGCUAAUGGGGCUAUUGUGAGCGACAAUGUAGGCCAAAGCCAUGCUGGGCAAGACCCUCCUGAUGGAAAGACUAUUGUUUGUGGCCCUCUCCUGAACUAUCGCCAUAUGAACGAGGGACGCUGGCAUGGUAGUGUGCUUGUUGUCGUGGAAGGGGGUGGCAAGAUUCCUCUACACCAGCCUUACUUGACGCUCAACCUGGCUAUCACUCUCCCAGACGGUGGUAACGCGACCAACGGAGCCCGUGAGGAGGUGCGUUCAGACGGACAUUGCCUCUACUCCGACCCGCGCAACACCUUCUGGGCUUUCGACAUUACUGUUCCAAUUCAGGACACCGAAUGUGGCUACGACUAUGCUCUGCCCGAGAUGCGCUUCUCAAGCGAGCACAAGCCUCGGGUAAAUCGGUUCUUUGUUCCUGCCGCAACCGAAUCUUUUCGCAUCAUGUUCCACUCGUGCAACGGUUUCAGUGUCGGAACCGACGAGGAGGCUUGGAGUGGCCCAGCUCUGUGGAACGAUGUUACACGAAAGCAUCGCGAGGUUCCCUACCAUGUUAUGAUUGGCGGUGGUGAUCAGAUCUACAACGAUGGGAUUAGAGUUGACGGUCCCCUGCGCCAAUGGACUAGCAUCAGUAACCCCAAGAAGCGAAGACAUCACCCAUUCCCCGAGACACUACGGGCUGAAUGUGACGACUACUACCUCAAGAACUAUAUCCGUUGGUACAACACUGAGCCGUUUUCUGGUGUCAACGGCCAGAUUCCCCAGGUCAAUAUUUGGGAUGACCACGACAUUAUUGACGGAUUCGGCUCAUAUGUCGACGAUUUCAUGCAAUGUGAUGUGUUCCGUGGUAUUGGCGGUACUGCCCAUAAAUAUUACAUGCUCUUCCAGCAUCAUUUGCCGCCGCCCCCAUCAACAUAUACUUCUGACCAUGCCGCCCUUGAAGAAAGCACCCAGGGGCCUGACCCCAAUCAGCUUAUCGAUACCUACGUAGCACCAAUGAUUGAAUCGCCUGAGUACAUUGUCGGUGACCAUCCUGGCCCAUAUGUUGCCGAACGCUCCUUCAACAUUUAUACCCGCCUCGGAGCUCGCAUCGCUCUCAUUGGCAUCGACGCACGAGUAGAGCGCACGCGCCACCAAGUCAACUAUCCUGAGACGUAUAAGAAGAUUUUCUCAAGACUGCGUUCGGAGCUCGAAGCGACGGCAGCGUUAGGGCAGCCAAUCAAGCAUGUGAUUCUGCUCCUCGGCAUCCCCAUCGCCUACCCGCGUUUGACAUGGCUCGAAAACAUCUUUCGCAGCCCAGUUAUGGGUCCCAUCAAGAUUCUCAACAAACGAUUCGGACUCGGAGGAAGUCUCUUUAACCAAUUCGACGGCAGCAUUGAUCUUCUGGAUGACCUGGAUGACCAUUAUACUGCGAGAACGCACAAGAAGGAAAGACGCCAGCUCAUGGAGGAGCUUCAAAAGAUUGCUGCCGAGUAUAACGCCCGUGUGACAAUUCUUGGAGGUGACGUGCAUCUGGCUGCACUGGGACGUUUCUACUCCAACCCUGACCUCAAGAUUCCCGUUGAGGAGGACCACCGGUACAUGGUGAACGUCAUUUCCUCAGCCAUUGUCAACAAGCCACCGCCCCAGGCUGUUGCAAACCUUCUGGCCAGGAGGAACAAGAUUCAUCAUUUGAACGCCAAGACGGAUGAGACUCUGCUGGAUCUGUUCAACAAGGACCCCGGCGAGUCCAACAAGACAGCCAACCACAACAACUGCACAAUGCCUAGCCGCAACUUUGCGACCAUCACCGAAAACUCGCCCAACAACCCCCACGUUCACAACGGCAGUGCAGAUGAGAAUGGAACAGAGACCUCGGAGCAGAACUUCUUGGGGAAUAACGGUCACAAGGUUCUUCACAAGGGCGAAGUUCAGGCCGGAACAAUACACAGGGCGGCAUCACGAGAGACCCACGGUCGAGCCAAUGAUGGAACACUCGAUGUGUGCAUCAACGUGGAAAUUGACCAGCACGACAAGGAGGGUCGAACAGAGAUGUACGGAUUGACUGUGCCAUUACUCAACUACCGACAAAGAGAUGAGCCAAGCACACCCAGGACGUCAGUCACGUCAGGAAGCCAGCAGUAG